UAUCAGGUGUAGGUAGGAAAAUCAAAUUUCUUCAUACUUAUAAAUUUAUUUGUAUCAGAAAACUUAUAGUGAAAUGAAGCACAUAUUCAUUCUUCCAAUGACUAUUGUAUUUCUGUUACUUCUGGGAACAUCACCAACAAAAAGUACACCAAGAAUUCGUAAGUGUUAUGUGAACAAAAAAGCACACCCAAUUGGUUCUUUGUUCCAGCAUGAAUAUGCAGGAUGCCAAUAUCGCUGUAAGUGUGCACCGAAGAAAUAUGGGCACCGCAUUAUACCCAAAGUAGUUUGUUUCCGCAGCUGUCCAUCUAUCAGUUUCCCAUAUUGUUGUAAAUUAAUAUCCGAUGGCUGUUGUCCCAAGUCUUAUCACUGCGAAUAUGGAGAAUGUUGUAAAGAUCAACAGACGGGUGACUUAUACAAAAUGAACGAAUCAUGGAAAUAUAACGACACAUGUAAUUGUACAUGCCUUGGGGAAGGAAGAGGAGCAUCAAAAUGUGUUUGCUCGAUGUCUCAACUCGAAAACCAAUGCGCUCCAGAUCCUACUUCCAAAUGCUAUGCGUGCGGAUCUGGUAAGACGGACUGUCCUGUUCGACAAAAAUGUGAGACGUAUACAAAAAUAUAUUCCAGACAAAAGUUUAAUUGUACUUGCUAUGGAAGUUACACUCGAUGCAAAUUUGCAGAAGGCAAGCCCAUCACCAGAAGUAACAGACAUUCGGCUUCAAUACCAAUGUUUACAGACACAGACAUUCUGAUCUUCGAAGGACUAUUUCGUUUCCAACCACGAAUAGUUCAACACAUCGAACUCUAAAACAUAAUUUUCAUAUCUAAAAAGCUACAAGCAUAUUGAGAAAUCAGACUAUUUCUGUGCGUUUUCGAGAAUGCUGCUUCGAAUAUUCCCAUUACCCAUAAUCACCAGGGCCGGAUUUGGACUAUGAGAGGCCCUGGCAUACGCCAUUUGUGAGGCUUUUCUUUAACAAUACUGUACCGGUAUAAAAAUCAUUACGACGUCAUUAUAUGUAUUUUCUGUGGAUAUUGAAAAUGUACUAUGACAUCGUGUAUACAAUUUUGAAUUGCAUAAUAUACGUAUGCUAA